UCUUUGGUGUUCUUUAUUUUCCUUUGGUCCAGUGGGUUGAGACCAAUUGAUGCAUCUUAGAUGGCCACUUGUUAGCGUUUAAGACCCCAGUCGCCACUGUGGGAUGCAGAAUGUUUUCUUAAUAGAUUUUAUUAUGCCAGUUGACUUAGAUGUCCCCCAAAACUGUGGUCACCAAACCCCCACCCCUGCUAUGCUGGCCUUCGAAGUGUUCAGUUUAUUCAGGAACUUCCUUGCUUUUGGUUUAGUCCAGUUGUGCUGACCUCUCCUUUACCAUGUGUUGUCUUUCCCUUCACCUAUAAUGUUCUUAUCUACCAUCUGAUUAGUGAAUACCUCCCGGCCUCCUCCCUCUCGUAACCAUCAAAGAGUAUUUUCUUCUCUGUUUAAACUAUUUCUCCAGUUCUUAUAAUAGAGGGCUUGUAUAAUAUUUGUCCUUUGCAGCUGACUAAUUUCACUCUGCAUAAUGCCUUCCAGACCCCUCCAUGUUAUGAAAUGUUUCACAGAUUCAUCACUGUUCUUUAUCGAUGUGUAGUAUUCCAUUGUGUGAAUAUACCAUAAUUUAUUUAUCUAUUCAUCUGUUGAUGGGCAUCUUGGUUGCUUCCAUCUUUUUGCUAUUGUAAACAGUGCUGCAGUGAACAUGGGUGUGCACAUAUCUGUUCGUAUAAAGGCUUUUAUUUCUCUAGGAUAUAUUCCGAGUGGGAUUGCUGGAUCAUAUGGUAAGUCUAUUUCUAGCUUUUUAAGGGAGCGCCAAAUCAAUUUCCAAAGUGGUUGUACCAUUUUACAUUCCCACCAGCAGUGUAUAAGUGUUCCAGUCUCUCUAUAACCUCUCCAGCAUUUAUUAUUAUUUUGUGUUUUUUUUUUUGAUUAAUGCCAGCUUUGUUGGAGUGAGAUGGAAUCUCUUUAUAGUUUUGAUUUGCAUUUCUCUAGUGGCUAAUGAUUGUGCACAUUUCUUCAUGUAUCUGUUAGCUACCUGAAUGUCUUCUUUAGUGAAGUACCUGUUCAUACCUUUUGCCCAUUUUUUAAUUGGGUCAGUGCUGCUUUCUUGGUGGUAUGAGGUCUGCAACUCUCUGCUUCCCUUUCCUUUUAUCUCUUGAUAAAGGAGAUAAAAGGUGAUGUAGGCCGCUUGCCAGGGAAACUCCCUUCACCUUGGAUCAGGGAGGUGACCUGAGUAAGGGUGGUGUUACAAUCCCACCCUAAUGCUCUGAAAAUAAAAUUAGAAUCAUGAAAUGGAGGACAACCACACACUACUGGGAAUCAUGGCCUAACCAAGUUGAUACACAUAUUUUUGGGGAGACAUAAUUCAGUCUGUGACAGUGUGCUUGUUGGUAAUUUGUAUAUCUUCUAUGAAGAAAUGUCUAUUCAAGUCGUUUGCCCAUUUUGUAAUUGGAUUGUUGGUCUUUUUGUUGUUGAGCUGUAGCAUUCUGGAUAUUAAGCCCUUAUCAGGUAUGUUUCCCAGUAGCUGAGUUAUUAAAGGCAGACUCUACCUAAAUUUCCCUUGACUUUGCUUUUUCUGCUCUUUUGCAUCUGCUGUUUUCUCACCUUAUUUGGCCAGCUCCAGAUCUCAUGUUAGAUGUCACUUCGUCUGUGAAGCGUUCAUAGUUACUUCAGGUAAUGUUGUCCUUUCUCCUAUUGAUUCGUAUGUUUAUCUCCUGCCAUUACAGUGACAGUGGCCUCCACGAGAUCAGACUCAGUCUUAAAUCAUCUCAGUUGUUAGUGGCUAGGCCAUUGUUACAUACCUAGCAAAUGCUUGCUAACUGACGAAAAGAUUACAUUUUGAUAUAGUUGUCCUAAGGUUUACCAGAGUUACUAGGUUUUCUAAAGUGUCUAUGAAAUUAACAAGGAGUAAUGCUUGCAUUGGGAAAAUCAUGCUUAGAGAAGCUUUUAAAUAGGAAUUAUCAUCCUUCAACAUUUUUAUUUCAGUUAAUACAUAUACAAUAAAAACCAAACACUUAUAUUUGGAACAUGAUUCCUGUGUGCCAGAAAAUGCAGGGAAGUGGGCAAGUGUUAGAUUUAAAACAAGCUUUGAUAAGAUUAAAGGAGAUAAAAAUAAAGUUCAAAUCAGAACAGUAUUGUUUUCAUUUGUAGUACUUUAAAGCUUUAAUUUUGACCUUGAAACAUUUCACAUUACAGAGUUCGUUCCAACCUGUUUCUUUUUGGUCAGGAACAUGUUCACUUUUGGCAGUUGUACUGUGUGAAAGGGCUGGGGUCAGCACUGCUGUGCAGAAAUGGGUCAAUGAGUGUUCAGAUGAAAGGGAGAAACUUUUAAAGAGUCUUUAUUUAUUGUUGGUAUAAUAAGACAAAAUAAUUAUAAGCUUGAACCUCUCACCAUCUUCUUGCUUCCGCCUUCAUCUCUCAAAUGCUUUGCCAAAUUAACCACAUCAACCAAUUUUACAGAAAAUGGGUUGUUGUUUUAAAUAGUUAGUUCUUUAGCUAUUUUUCUUAAGAAGCUUUGUUGGAAAGGCUCUCCUCUCUUGUUUUCCAAAAGGGCAUAAGUCUCCUUUGUACAUCUAUAAAAAUCUUAAAUGGCCGCUUAAAGAAAGCAGGCCGCAUGUUCUACUUCAGUGAGUGAUAAAGCACAACCACCUAUUUUUCAGCUGAGCUGGAAGGAAGAACUCUGUCCUACUGUUGCUUUAAAAGAUGAUUUUAUUACUGUCAAGACAGAUAAGAAGCUAGGAUUUUCUAAGAGUAAUAAAUGGCAAGUUGGAUUACGGCCUGUGGCUCUUAAGCAAUGUAACAUUCUUGAAUUAAGGGAGGAGGGUGAUUUAGGUAGUUCUUGAAGGCAGUCUAGAUCCCCUGCAUGGAGACAGGGCUGCUCUCUGUUUAGAUUUUCCCUAAAUAGAGCGAGAAGCAUGAGGCUGCUCCAAACCUUGAAACAGCCUUUGCUCUCAAACUUGUGCUGGAAUGUUAUUCGGAGUGUGAUGGGGCUCUUUGCCAGUCACUGUGGAAACUGGUCAAGCCCUGGUCCUAUCCUUUUGACUAUUUGGAGUGGCCUAAAUAAAAGACGUUCAUCAUGUUCAGUCCUACUCCCCAUGUAUGUAUUUUCUUUAAAAAUGAUUUAAAAAAUAUAGCUUACUUAAGGGACAACAGGACAUUUAUGUCAUAUUUGUAGUAGGCUAUUUAAAAUAUUUUCUACAGCUGAAGAAUAUCCUGGCCAAGAAACAUUAAUGAAAAUUCUCUCUCAUUCUGAAUGGGCGUAAAUCCAUUGGUUUGUGAUUUUUUUCUGUUGGCCUCUCUGCAGCAGAAUAGCAAAUGCUAAAUUUCCAUUUACCUGCUUAAUUAUGGAGAGGGUCUUGUUAUUGAAAUUGGGGCAUGGGUACUAUUUUAUCAUGCCACUGCCAGGUGAUACGUGGUUUAAGUGAUGGUGUCAGAGAUAUAAAAGUUAAAAGCACCUGUGAGCAUUUUUUGCUGCCCAGGCAGGCCAGCUAAUUUAUUCAUAUUGAAUCUAAGCCUUAGAUCUCUGGCUUAACAAUAACACGAUAAACCUUUCAAGAUGAUAAGUCUUGCAUUAAAUCAGAGAUGGUUUAAAUCAGUCAUAUAACUUCUAUAAUUCUGGGCUGGCAACUACAGCAUGAGAAAUGUUCUGUUCAGUUACAAAACCAUAUUUGAUUUUCUUUGACCACCAAAUCUUAAACUGAAUGAAAAAUGUACUGUUUUACAAAGGCUUUUUACCAUAUAGCCACCGCUCCCAGACUCAAGUAGUUAAGGUUUAUCUCCCAGGAACAUUUCUAAAAGGGAAUUGCUUUUUAGAUCUGCUUGCCUUGGUGGAUGUGUAAGAACAUAGAGAGUAAGUUUAAAGAGUGAAGAUUAAACUGAGAUGCCAAGACAUGUUUUUAUCGGAACACAGUGAACAGAAGAUCUCUUCUCACACAAAGUGGCUGCAAGGUCUGCCAUUAACUAAAUCUCUGACAACCCUUCAUUGCUUUAAAGCAUAGUAAUUAGCUUCUUGCUAUCAGGUGUACAUCAUUUCUGCCAUGUGGAACAUUUUCUUGGGAAUAUAUAAGUAAUAUUCCAUGUAGCCUGACAGGUCCUCAGUGGUCACAUCAUCAACACAGACUCGAGCUUGCCCAGAACAGGAGUAGGGAGAGCCAGACAGAGUUCUGGUGUGGAGCAUUUGAGAGUAAUUAGGAUAAUUAAGUAUUCACAUAUCAUAGCACAUUUUUUAAAAUGAGCAGUCUAUGGCAAAAGUCAGGAAAGGCUUUAUAUUUAUGGUAAUCUUUAGGAGUCUGAACCUUGACAGUCCUUUUUCCUAUUAGGGGGUAACUGGUGAGUAGAAGAGGAAGAUCUAGCAGAAAGUCUCUGGGGAGUUACCUGGUUCUGGUCCACACUAAUUGCAUUGCAAAGGGUUUGUUCUAUCUUCAAGGCCUGACCAUAAGUGAAAAGACGAAAUGGGAACUUGGAUUAUUGAGACCUCCCCCUGGUUGCUUCUAAUAACUUGAUUUCUUUUAACAUCUGUUAAAAUCUAUUUAUAUGAAAUCAAGAUAAAGAGUAUAAUACAUAGCUUCUAUAAACAGCAAUAAUAUUAUACAUUCAUUCAAGUAUUUACUGAUUGUCUACCAUGUGGUAGUCAAAGUUUCUGUCCUCAAGCAGUUUGUAGUCUAGUGGAGGAGACAUAAUAAAUACACAUAUAUUUUCUGAUAGUAAUAAAAGCUAUGAAAAACACCAGAGUAGUGUUAAGGGAAUAUACAGUGAUGGGAGGUGCUAUUUUAGGUAGGGUGAUCGGGCAGAGGUUCUAUGAAGACAUAACGUUUGAGAAGAGAUCUGAAUGAUUUGAGAAACUGGAACAUAGCAAGAGCAAAAACCUCGAGGUGGAAUCAACUUGGCUUGUUGGAAGAAUAGCAAGAAGACCAGUGUGACAAGUGGACUAAUGGGAAGGUAGGCAGGAGGCAUGUUACACAGAGCCUUGUAAACUAUGGUGGAAAUUUGGACUUUUUUUCCUGAAUGGAUGAGGAAGGUUUUUGACUAGAGUAGUGCUAUGAUCUAAUUUACUCUUUAAAAGGAUGUACUGCUGUGUGGAGAACAGGUUGGGGUUAAAAUCAAGAGUUCCCUUUUACACAUGUAAUGUUUAAAAUGUUGAUAAACACCCUAGUAGAUACGCUGAGUGUCAUCAGAGUAUAGAUGAUAUCUAGUAGUAUGGAACUGAAUAAGAUUAACUCCGAAGUAAGGACAGAUUUGAGAAAAUGGUACAUCUUUUUUUUUCCUUUAUUUUUUAUUGUACUUUAAGUAAUAGCUUACAGCUCAAGUUAGUUUCUCAUACAAAAAUUUAUAUACACGUUGUUAUGUGACCCUGGUUGCUAUCCCUAUAAUAUGUCAGCACACUCCUCCUUUCCACCCUGAAUUUCCCAUGUCCAUUCAACUAGCUCCUGUCCAUUUCUGCCCUCUCAUCUCGCCUCCAGGCAGGAGGUGCCCAUUUAGUCUCACUUAUCUACUUGAGUGUCAUUUUGUGUCUUAUAGUCUACUCUAACCUUUGUCUGAAGAGUUGGCUUCAGGAAUGGUUUUAGUUCUGGGUUAACAGAAAGUCCAGGGGCCAUGUCUUCUGGGGUUCUUCCAGUCUCAGUCAGACCAUCAAGUCAGGUCUUGUUACUAGAAUUUGAGUUCUGCACCCCAGUUUUCUCCUGCCCUGUCAAGGACUCUCUGUUGUGUUCCCUGUCAGGGUGGUCAUUGGUGGUAGCUGGGCACCAUCUAGUUCUUCUGGUCCCAGGCUGAUGGAGCCUCGAUUUAUGUGGCCCUUUCUAUUUUUUUUUCCAUUUCUUGGGCUAAUAUUUUCCUUGUGUCUUUGGUGUUCUUCUUUGCUGCAGGUGGGUUGGGACCAAUUGAUGCAUCUUAGAUGGCUGCUUGCUAGCUUUUAAGACCCCAGACACCACUCACCAAAGUGGGAUGCAAAACAUUUUCUUAAUAAACUUUGUUAUACCAAUUGAAUAGAUGUCACCUGAAACCAUGGUUUCCAGACCCCCACCCCUGCUAUUCUCUCCCUUGAAUUGUUCGGUUGUGUUCAGGAAACUUCUUAGCUUUUGGUUUAGUCCAGUUGUGCUAACUUCCCCUGUAUUGUAUAUUGUCCUUCCCUUCACCUAAGAUAAUUCUUAUCUACUGUCUAGUUAGUGAAUACCCGUCUUCCUCUCUACCCACCCUUGUAACCAUCAAAAACUGUUUUCUUCUGUGUUUAAACCUUUUUUGAGUUCUUAUAAUAGUGGUCUCGUACAAUGUUUGUCCUUUUGCAACUGAUUAAUUUCACUCAGCGUAAUGCCUUCCAGAUUCAACCAAGUUAUGAGAUAUUUCACAGAUUCAUUGUUCUUUAUUGUUGCGUAGUAUUCCAUUGUGUGAAUAUACCAUAAUUUACUUACCCAUUCAUCCAUUGAUGGGCACCUUGGUUGCUUCCAUCUUUUUGCUGUUGUGAAUAGUGCUGCAGUGAACAUGGGUGUGCAUAGAUGUAUUUGUGUGACGGCUCUUAUUUCUCUAGGAUAUAUCCCAAGAGGUAGGAUUACUAGAUCAUAUGGUAGUUCUAUUUUUAGCUUUUUAAGGAAGUGCCAAAUGGAUUUCCAGAGUGGUUGUACCAUUUUACAUUCCCACCAGCAGUUUUUAAGUGUUCCAGUCUCUCCACAACCUCUCCAACAUUUAUUAUUUUGUGUUUUUUGGAUUAAUGCUAGCCUUGUUGGGGUGAGAUGAUAUCUUGUUGUAGUUUUGAUUUGCAUUUCUCUAAUGGCUAAUGAUUGUGAGCAUUUCCUCAUGUAUCUGUUAGCUACCUGAAUGUCUUCUUUAGUGAAGUGCCUGUUCAUAUCCUUUGCCCAUUUUUUUAAUUGGGUUAUUUGUCUUUUUGUUGUUGAGUUUUUGCAGUAUCUUGUAGAUUUUAGAAAUUAGACCCUGAGCGGAUAUGUCGUAGCCAAAAAUUUUUUCCCAUUUUGUAGGCUGUCUUUAUACUCUUUUGGUGAAGUCUUUUGGUGAGCAUAAGUGUUUGAUUUUUAGGUGCUCCCAGUUAUCUAACUUCUCUUCUGGUGUUUGUGUAUUGUUAGUAAUGUUUUGUAUUCUGUUUAUACCAUGUAUUAGGGCUCCUAGCAUUGUCCCUAUUUUUUCUUCCAUGAUCUUUAUCAUUUUAGAUUUUAUAUUUAGGUCUUUAAUCCGUUUUGAGUUAGUUUUUGUACAUGGUGUGAGGUAUGGGUCUUGUUUUAUUUUUUUGCAAAUGGAUAUACAGUUAUGAUAGAACCAUUUGUUAGACUGUCUUUUCCUCAUUUAACUGACUUUGGGCCUUUGUCAGAUAUUGAAAAUGGUACAUUUUAAGGCUGUGAUAAAGAAAUAGAUGAAUUUUAAGACUUAUUUAAGUUUUAAAGUUGUGGAGAAUUAAAAAAAAGUUUGGCAUUGGUUUUAAAAGUUCUGAUUGGUAUAGCACAUUGAUUUUAAGCAGUUGUCUGUUGCUAUUUUGUUAGCCAAUUCCUUUGCUUUUUUUUUUUUGGCUUAAAAUAGUGGUGAGCUUUGUUCUUUUAGGAGUUCUCUGAGGAAUUACAACAAAAAAAGAGUGUCAGAAUGAAUUGGAAACUGACUACAAUGGUUGUUUCCAAAAGCUACAUAGCAUAGAAAGUUUAUCAUGGUAGGGACAAUUUGAAAAUUAAUAGACGCCAGUGAUAAUAGGAUAGAGGGGGCUUGUUUAUGAAGGGAGUGUUUUAGUGAGCAAACACCAGCUGUGCAUUACUAAGGGUGGCAUCCAUCCAGGGUAAGGGCGUUUGGGGAGAAUUUGUAUACUUGUUUUUUCACCAGCAGAGAGGCUUUUUAGUUAGAUUACCGGUCUCAUUUCUUUCCCAAAGGAUUAAAUUUCAAAAGAAGGAUGUGAACACUCUAGCGGGAUGAGGUAGGGGUGGGGGAUGUAUUUGGAACCAGAUGGAUAUUUGCAACAAUACUGGGUUCGAACUUCCCCUAGACGCAGCGGUUUCAUAGGCAUUUGACUGGGCACUUAGGAAGCAAAUCUUAAUAUUACUUUUUUCUUCUCCAUUUAAUGAGAAUUGCUCAGCUCAGUUAGCCCCCAGUUUUGUCUUUGCAAUGGUCACAUCAUGAGGCUUUCAAAGGCCAUUGGUUUGUUGGAUGUGGAUGUGUAUGGCCCUUCAAUUCCAAAGAUGAUGAAUCUGAGAGGAAAUCCAGAAUUAUCACAGAACAACCUAAUGAAACCUCUUUUGAAUUAUGGUAUCGCUUGUAUGUCUAUGGGCUUCCUGGUUGAAGAAACUGCACCAGUUGUUUGGAGAGGCCUUAUGGUAAUGUCAGCCAUUGAGAAACUCUUGAGGCAGGUAGACUGGGGUCAACUGGACUAUUUAGUUGUUGAUAUGCCACCAGGAACUGGAGAUGUGCAGUUAUCAGUCUCACAGAAUAUUCCCAUUUCAGGUGCCGUGAUUGUCUCCACACCCCAGGACAUUGCACUGAUGGAUGCACACAAGGGUGCUGAGAUGUUUCGAAAAGUCCACGUGCCCGUUCUGGGGCUUGUUCAAAACAUGAGUGUUUUCCAGUGUCCAAAAUGUAAACACAAAACUCACAUUUUUGGUGCUGAUGGUGCAAGGAAACUGGCACGGACCCUCGAUCUUGAUAUUCUAGGAGACGUUCCCUUGCAUCUUAACAUAAGAGAAACUUCAGAUACGGGCCAGCCAAUUGUGUUUUCACAGCCUGAAAGUGAUGAGGCCAAAGCUUACCUGCAGAUUGCUGAAGAAGUGGUGAGAAGAUUGCCCCCUCCUCCAGAAUGAUUCUUCAGAUGUCCUGGAACUUGAUGCGAUGGCUUUCAGAUAUCAGCAGGGUGGUGUUGGAAUCUGUAGAAAUUAUAACAGUCAUUUGUUGUAUUGCUAAGGAAAUAAUGUCUUAUUUUUAGGUUUGAUUUGCUGAACAACCAUUUACAAAUAAAAUUUUUAUGUAACAACAGUAACAUGUAGUCAUGUUUUUUGAAAGCUGAUGUGUACCAAGUCCAGCUGCACAGAACUGCAAUUUAUUUUAUUGAGCUGCCAUCUGAGGAAUCAUGAGUUUGUGAUGUCACAAGCCCAACCCUCAGUUCAGAAGAGAACUGUGUACUUUUUGUAGGGCAAUAGAGUUAGUCAUUUCUAGGAUUUACUAAAUUUGAACAUAAGUGUGACACCUCACCACCGGGCUCUUUGGUCUGGGUUUAAAUCCUGCUGCUAAUAGUAUCUUGGACAAGUUCGUAAUAGAGAUGAAUCUCUGCUUCUUCAUCUGGACCAGACUCUAUCCCAGAUUUAACAAAUCUGAGUCUUCAAGAGUGAGGCCUGGACAUGUGUAUUUUUAACAAGAUUAUGAUGACGAUUUUGGUGAUGAUUCUGAUGGCAAUAAUAAUAGCUAACAUUGAUCAAGUGCUUUCUGUAUGACCUAGUAGUUUAUCUUCCUUUAGUAUGAGUCAGGUACUAUUGUUAUUUCCAUUUUACAGAUGAGGGGUCUGAGGCAUGGAAAAGUUAAGUGCCUUGCUGAAGAUUAUUCUUCUAUGGAAUUGGGAUUUGAACUUGGGCAACUAGAUACUGGAUUCUUCCUUUUGUAAACCAAAAGAAAAAGGGCGUUGUUAAUUUCAAAAGAGGGAUGUAGUAUUCAGCAUUUCCUAAUUUUUUGGGGGCAUUUGACCAUGAAAUUCUUUCUUUAAAAGGAACAUUUCCUGGGAUUCAUGUUGCAAAGAAUGCACUUCGAAAAACAUGUACUUGUCUAGUUGUGGCUCAGAAGAGUCAGGGACUUCACAAGGUCAAAUACCAAGAUAGCUGUAAAGCUGCAAGUACUGAUAAAAGUGAGUCAUUACUUAAUCCUCAGUUAUAAGAAGGUGGCCUAUGACCUUUGGCAAAUAUCUUGUCCUCCUUCACAAUCUAGUUAAGAAGCCAGAAAAUUAGGCAAAGAGUUGCAUGUCAUUAAAAAUGUGUUCACACACGUUCACAGAAAAAACCUAUACAUGAAUGUUUAUAGAAGCUUUAUUUGUAAUAGCCAAAAACAACCCAGGUAUCUUUUGCUGGAUGAAUGGUUAAACAAACUGUGGUACAUCCGUACCAUGAAAUACUACUCAGCAAUAAAAAGGAACAGACUAUCGAUGUAUGCAACAACCUGGAUGAAUUGCAGAGAAUUAUGCUGAGUGAAAAAGCCAAUCCUGAAAGGUUAUGGACUGUAUGAUUCCAUUUAUGUAACAUUCUUGAAAUGACAAAAUUACUGAAAGGGAGAACAGAUUAGUGGUUGCCCCGUGGCAACCACUAAGGAGGGGUGAGGGUGGGGGUUAAGUGGGUGUGGUGAUAAGAGGACAACACGAGGGACCUUGUGAUGAUGGAAAUGCUCUAUACCUUGACUGUAUCUAUAACAAUGUGAUAUUGUACUAUAGUUUUUCCAGAUGUUACUUUUGUGGGGUGUUGGGAAAAUUGGGUAAAGAGUACAUAGGGUCUCUUAUUAUUUACAACUACGUAUGAAUCUAUAAUUAUCUCAAAAUUAAAAAGUUUAAUUUAAAAAGACAUGCUGCUGUAACUGAACUGAAAUUCCCUAGAUCAAAUUGUCCAUGCUAAUUAAUAUCAUGAAUAAAAGUAUUUGUGGUAACACGC